GGGCCGCGCUGCAGCCUCCCCGCGCGCAGCCUCCUCUUCCUCGCGCGGGCUUUGCUUUUUUUUCUCUCUCUCUCUUUUUUUUUUUUGCCUCCUCCCUCCGCUCCCCGCUCGCAUUUCCUCCCUGCACCUUUAAGAAGCGCGUUGCUCGCCGCUGGGAUGGUGUGUGCUAAAGCUGCACAGAGGAAGUUACGCAGCCUGGAUCAGGCACGGAGAUAAAAGCUCCGAUCGGGAUUGAAAGUGAUAGCAAAAGGGAUUUCGGCCUCGGCAUUAACUUGCGCGGGGAGCCGGGGAUUGCACAAAGCUCCCCGGCCAUCUGCCCUUGGGGCCGGCGAGCCGCGGCGGGGCCGCGCUGCCGCCGCCCGCCGCCCCCGGGGGGGCCCCGGCCCCGAAGUUCACUUGCGCGCCGGGACCCGCCGCCGCCGCUGCCUCCCGGUGGCGCCUGCUAAUGACCCCCCCCCCUUUCCCCCGAGGAUGGAAGGGGAACCAGCCCGCAGGUAGCAGCGGGGCCGGGAGCUGGAGGCUGGGGGACUUGCUGCUAAGUUGCCAAAAGGCCGCGGCGGACAGAGAUCACCUUACGCGAGUGCCUCACCACCACCGCGGAGCCGGAGGGAAGGCGAGCAAGGCCGACGCCGCUCUGUCAAUCCCAUGACGGCGAAGGAGCCUGCUUGGACCCGCAGAUGUUGCCACCCAAUGCAGUAACGCCGAUGCCAUCCUCCCCGGGAAGAAGGGAGGUCUAGCCCCAAAGAGUCUCUCUUGUCAGAGUUGUAUCGAUGAGCAGAUGCUAUAUUUAUUUUACAAAUUAACGUUCAAAGAACCCGGCAAUUAUUUAAAGCAGACCACAGGUUAAAGCACUCCACACAGCGACGCAUUUGCGGCAGAUGAGAAGGUGGCUGAAAACCUGAUCCAGCACCAUCUCGCAGCCUCUCCAAUUUACUCCUAUCAAAUUUCAUCAGCAACUCAGAACUUGAUCUUUCUAUUGAUUGACUGGAGUCACCUCUAGAUAUUUUCAUGCUGAUUUGGAAGACCUUUCAUAUAACAAAAAGGGGAAAAAUGAGGUUAAGGAAGACUUUUGACCACUGAUCAGCAAUUCUAGCCGAAACUUUCCAAAUCGAGUGAUUUGCAAAGUUGGCUUCUGCAUCGAGAGCAGCUUUCCGUGUCUGAACACGACGUGGAGAGCGGGGCCAUUCCUGUGAUCGUCUGGAUCUCCUUAGACUGGAUCACUUUUGGAUGAGGAGUUUCCAUGCUGAUCCCGAGAGCAUCCCCUAGCCCAGUAGCUGCCUUUCUCGGGACUCUCGGCGCUUCCCUUGCCCGGGGAUCCGGCCCGCGGUCCCAGCUGCCAUGCCCUACCUGGUUGCUCUCCUUUUGCACUGUCUGCCCCUGGCCAUGGGGCAGUAUGACAUUUGCAAGUCCUGGGUGACCACGGACGACGGCCCGUCAUGGGAGUUUUACGCUUGCCAGCCCAAGGCCAUGCGGAUGAAGGAUUACGUGACGGUGAGAGUGGAUCCCGCGGGGAUCACUUGCGGGGACCCGCCUGAGAGGUUCUGCACUCACGAGAACCCGUACCUGUGCAGCGACGAGUGCGACGCCUCCAACCCGGACCUGGCCCACCCGCCCAAGCUCAUGUUCGACACGGAGGACGAAGGGCUGGCCACGUACUGGCAGAGCGUGACGUGGCGCCGCUACCCGGAGCCGCUGCUAGCUAACAUCACGCUGUCCUGGAACAAGAGCAUCGAGCUGACGGACGACAUCGUGAUAACCUUCGAGUACGGCCGGCCCACCAUCAUGAUGCUGGAGAAGUCCCUAGACAACGGGAGGACUUGGCACCCGUACCAGUAUUACGCGGAUGACUGCAUGGAGGCAUUCAGCAUGCCAGCACGGAGGGUCAGGGACCUCUCUACCACCAGUGCCAACAGGGUCCUCUGCACAGAGGAAUAUUCCCGCUGGGCGGGCUCCAAGAAGGAGAAGAACGUCCGCUUCGAGGUGAGGGACCGCUUUGCCAUCUUUGCCGGCCCCGACCUCAAGAACAUGGACAACUUGUACACCCGGCUGGAGAGCGCCAAAGGCCUGAAGGACUUCUUCACCGUGACCGACUUGAGGAUGCGGCUGCUGAGACCGGCCCUCGGCGGCACCUACGUGCAGAGGGAGAACCUGUACAAGUACUUCUAUGCUGUCUCCAACAUUGAAGUCACUGGCAGGUGCAAAUGCAACCUCCACGCCAACCUGUGCACCUUCCGGGAGGGCAGCCUGCAGUGCGAGUGCGAGCACAACACCACGGGGCAGGACUGCGGCAAGUGCAAGAAGAACUUUCGCUCCAGGUCUUGGCGAGCGGGGUCCUACCUGCCUCUCCCCAACGGGUCGCCCAACGCGUGCGCAGCUGCAGGCUCGGCCUUCGGCAUGUACGGGCGACCGCAGCGCGGUACCACCACCAAACUGGCCACCACCACAUCAUCUACCACCACCACCUCCACCUCCACCACCACUACCACCACCUCCACCACCACCCCCCAGCCAGCAACCACCAUCAAACCAGCCUCUGAGCUCGCUGCCGCUGUGCCCAUGCAGGAGACACAGGAGAAAACAGCUGUUGAGCGCCCACCAAGCACCGCAGCGCUCGGACCCAGGCCGAAGCCACCAGAGCCUCCGGAGAGCAUCCGAGCGGCACCGCGGGGCAAGGCCGGGCGGACGGCGCACGCCGCGGGCAGGAGGCACCGCAAGAAGGCAGCGUCCUCAAAGAUCUCAAAGCUCGUCCGGCUCAAAGCAGACUCCAGCCCCGUGGCUCCCAUUGAGGCGUUCGAAGACUGCGAGUGCUACGGCCACUCCAACCGCUGCAGCUACAUCGACUUCCUCAACGUGGUGACCUGCGUGAGCUGCAAGCACAACACGCGGGGCCAGCACUGCCAGCACUGCCGCCUCGGCUUCUACCGCAACAGCUCGGCCGAGCUGGACGACGAGAACGUCUGCAUAGAGUGCAACUGCAACCAGAUCGGCUCCGUGCACGACCGCUGCAACGAGACCGGCUACUGUGAAUGCAAGGAAGGCGCCACGGGGCCCAAGUGUGACGACUGCCUGCCCAACUACUACUGGAGACAGGGCUGUUUCCCCAACGUCUGCGACGACGAGCUCCUGCUCUGCCAGAACGGCGGCACCUGCUACCAGAACCAGCGGUGCCUCUGCCCCGCUGGCUUCAAGGGGGUCCUGUGCCAGCAGUCCCGGUGCGACGCCGACAGAAAGGACUGCGACGGUGCCCCCGGCGCCCGCCCCGGCCUCGGCCCCCUCCUCCUGGGCGCGCUGGCCCUGCAGCUCCCGGGCUGGGUGGACCUCUGAAGCCUACGCGGGGGGGUGGCCCGGUCCAGGCACGUCACCGGAGGACCUGGGGGGGCGAAGGAAGCCGGCAGCCUUCCUUCCCGCUGGGACUUGCACAACGUCUUUGGGUCCGCUCGCCAAGCGCAGAGGUACGCAGAAACCCAGGGGCUGACCACUGGCCACGAAGCCAUCCCGGCCCUGCCGGAGCGGGCUGCAGAGGGGACCGCGCCAGCCACCGCCCCACGGGGACGCGCCUGCCCUCCCGGCCGCGCAGCCGCUCUCCUCCCCUGCUCUGGGGACCCUGGCAAACCAGUGCCGCAAUCCAAGGGAUAUUAUUUUUUUUUAUUAAUUUGUUUAUUUUGGUAUAGGCUUUUUUUUUUUUUCCCCCUCCCUUCUUAGUGUCCCGUUUUGUAAGAGUCCGUCAUAACUCCGGAGCCCCAGAACAGGUAGGAGAAGGGGAGGGAGGGAAGAGGGGACUCUGGUCCAUCCUUGCUGCAUCGCCCCACCGCUGGCCCGGCCCAGCCCUACACCCACUGUUGCCUACAACUCCAGUUGCCGCAUUGAUUUUGUGUUUCCAUCGCUGGGUUUUCUUUUCUUGCACUGAUGGAGAAGACAGGGGCCGUUAGGCACACGGUACGUGAGGAGCGCAGUGUCUUCUCCACACAUUUCCGUAUAGUGUACGGUUCAAAUACUUCUUCGGUAGAGACUUACUCUUAUUUGGACUAAGUGUCAUAAAAGAACCACCACUUGAAGGGACAUUUUGCCAUGGGCAUUGGAUUAUGGUGUAUCCUCCUACAGUAAAGCAACUAUUAAUUGCUGCUUGAUCACCAUGUUUUCCUUUUUGUGUGCACAGUUAAUUACAGGUAAAGACUUAUUUUUUGAUUCAUAA